GCCAACUUUCAGAGCUGCAUGUCUUGCGAUGCACCUUUCAAUGGGACAACAACGCAUAAGAAGAUCCUUCAGCGGCACUGGACCCAGGUUGUUGUGACAAGUCUGAGGAGCUUUCAUUACGCUUGAACUCCGGGAUAAGACUGCAGCACCGCAUCCCAGGAACAGAGGUGCAGAUUGCUAUUGGAUCUGGAUGGCCAGUGAUUUUGGAUAUUAGCAGAGACCGAACAAGGAGAGUGAAAAUGCCUCGGUCCUUCUUGGUGAAGAGUAAGAAGGCGCACAGCUACCACAAGCCUCGGUCCUUAGAAGAUGACUACAGUAGACUGGAUACUAUCUUAGCUCAUAUAUGUGCAGAUGACUCGGAUGCCUUGACAGGAGGCGAUGCCAUCCGCGGGUUCUCCCCAGACUCUCAUGUGGACACGGCUGACUUCUCCUCCAAGUCCACACUCAGCUGUGGGGACAGUGUGUGCAGUCCAGCUUCAGUUUAUGAAGACUUCUGGCGGCCUCCAUCGCCUUCAGCAUCACCAGUAGAUUCAGAGAAAUCCCUGUCUCCCCCAGUGGACGAGACACAACCCUUCCCCGUUGUUCCCUUCCGGCCCUAUGCGUGGAACAGUUACUCUGGUUCGGACAUCCGUCACCUGGUCCAGCAGAGUCUCCAUCACCAGCACCACCACCCCAUGGACUUGAAGAGAAGCCCGGAGCUAGGGUACUACAGCGACCGGGCCAUUGAACCAACCCUCUUUAACAGAAGUCCGGUAGCAGAAAAUGACAGUGAUUACCGGUCCGCUGCCGGUCUGUUCGAGAGAGCUGCCGCCCCCGGGAUAGGGUUGUAUUCUGAAAGGAACCUGUACGGGAAAAGCCCAGAAAUCAAGGCUGUGUCUGACUUACCCUGCUCACGGUUCAUUCUGAAUGGUACCUACAAGUGCAUCAAAUGCAGUAAGGCGUUUUCGACUCCCCAUGGGUUGGAGGUCCACGUUCGCAGAUCACACAGUGGCACGAGGCCCUACGCUUGUGAUAUCUGUUGCAAAACCUUCGGACAUGCUGUCAGCCUCGAGCAACAUAAAGCUGUGCACUCUCAGGAAAGAAGCUUUGAUUGCAAAAUAUGCGGUAAAAGCUUCAAAAGGUCAUCGACUCUCUCCACGCAUCUCCUCAUCCACUCUGAUACACGGCCUUACCCAUGCCAGCAUUGCGGGAAGAGGUUCCACCAGAAAUCAGACAUGAAGAAACAUACAUUCAUCCACACAGGUGAGAAGCCGCACAAAUGCCAAGUGUGUGGGAAAGCGUUCAGCCAGAGCUCCAACCUCAUAACGCACAGCCGGAAACACACGGGCUUCAAACCAUUCGGAUGCGACCUCUGCAGCAAGGGAUUCCAGAGAAAAGUCGACUUAAGAAGACACAAAGAGUCACAACAUGGACUAAAACCCUCAAACUAAAAUCAAAUAAAAGAAUGGGCACCAAACACUAUAAAACAAAACAAUUGUUUUGGAAACCAGAAAUAAGCUACUGUAGCUAUCCAUUCCUCAAACAUUUCAGACUGUGAUUUACUGGUGGAGAGUUAUAGAGGCUUUUGUGCAGUGUAGGUUAAGACAAAACCGGUUUGAACUGGGGAGGGACACUAUCUGAACCCAAAAUAUUUGUACAAAAUAACCAGAUAGGUAAUAACCCCAAAGAAACCGCGUUAACAAAAACAACAGACGACCAAUUUCCAACGGACAAUUGGGAAAAUAGACCUUGUCUAAAGAAUGACAGACACUUUGUUUAGUUGGACGCCAUGGAUGCUGGCACAACAGUUACUACAAUAAGGCUAUGUGAUUUAAUAAACAAUGGUUGUGUAUUUAUUUUAAAAACAAUGUUAUUUUCAUUUUUUUAUUCUUAGAAUUCAAAUAGCACAUAUGUAUUUUAUAUUAAGAAUAUAAACUAACUAUACGGUAUAUCCAGGUGUCAUUUACUACAAUGUCAAACCUUAUUUAUGAAUCAGAUUAUCGUUUAAAUAUAAUAUGAAAACUGCAAUCCAACAGAUUUCGAGAGGUUUUUGUUUCGUUUCUAUGUAGCCUACUGCAUUAUGUUCCAAGCUGCAACAUCCUGCAAUAGGCCUAUCUGAAUUAUUUGAAGGACAACCAACGCAAAUAUAUAUAUUUUUAAAUUUUUUAUUCUAACUCAGAUUAUCUGGAUUCGUUGUAGUAGGCUAGUCUAGACUAUUGGUACAACUAACAUGGUUACAUUUUAUAGACAGAAUAAACCCCAUUGAAAUGUGUCUUGGAGGGGGACCUGUGAUAAUGUUAAUUUGAGGCAAUUAAUUUUCGUUGAAUUUAAUAGUUUAAUCCUUUAUUACUAUUAUUAUUAUUAUUAUUAGGGAUAUAUUCAUUCUGUAACGCCGAAGCGUUACAGAUUCAGCGAUAGAAAUGUCAAGUUAAUUUAAAUCAUGCUGUAAAGCUGAACCUUCGCGAUGCGGAUGUUAUGGAGCCCUUAUACUAUAUUUCCACUGUGUGGAUAGUGAUUGUCCUCGUGGUUAACCUUCAGUGAUUUUUCAUAGAAAACAUGUCUCUCCUGUAUUCAUUGAGGGGUAUAAUAUUAACCGAAAAACUUGGCUGAGCACAAAUUGAUAUGACGUUUUUUAAUUUAAAACAUACACGAAAAAGCACCUACAGCGGCUUGGUGUAUUCUUCACGCCAUGGAAUAGGUCUGUAUAAAGUGCUUUCUUGCCAUUGGCUAUUUUACUGGAAAUCUGAGAGGUGACCACACAUUAAGUCGAGUAUCACAAGGAAGGUCUUCAAGUGCCUUCCAACUGGUAGGUUUAUGUUCCCCCAUUAUUCAUUAAUCAAACCAGGUUGUGCUUUCUUCUCGUUUUUAUCUGAACCACCCAGAAGGGCAGUUUUCUAAAGCCAUAGAGUUGAUUGCUUAAUCAUCUAUCUAUCAAAUAAUUUAGUUUAGAAUGAAGAAUCAGAUGCUUAAAAUAUUUGGCUAACUAUAGAAUUUAAAAAAUGACAUCCACGAGUAAAUUUAGCUUUUUGUCAUGGUGAAAUAAAUCAAAUAUAAUUUUAUGUGGAAAAAUACAUAGGGAAUAGAAACUCAAUUCCACCAAUACCUAGGAUACAGGAUGCUGCUGCGUUUCAUCAGACUUAAACUCAUAUAAACAUUUGGUUUGUUUUUACCAAGGCAGUAAGGAGUUAUUUGUUUAGACCUCAAACGUUGCCUGAGCAUAUUACACGUUAACCAAAUGGUAUGUAACUUUGGCCACUCUGCAUAAAGCUCAAGUUGGAAACAGGACCAGACAGGAUUGAUUUCCGCAGGUGGAACUAAAGACCCAUCAAAAAGCGUCACAUAGCAUGGCUGGAGGGCAUCGACUGUACACCACCUCUGCCCGAAACACAGCUUGUAAGCGCAAGAGCAGGAAGGGGGGACACAGGUGUAUGUGUGGGCUACUGUUAUCCCUUCCAUUGAGAACAAUACUCAUUCAUUUAUUCAAACAUUUUGUAAUUAGCCAUUUGCUAACAGAAAGAGGGCAGCUAUAAAAUGAGAGAAUGAACAGCAACAAGAAACUAAACAACUAUACAAGUUACCCAGUUAUAUAAAAUAGAACAUUAAUCAUAAUCAUGAACUUUAAAAAGAAACCGUCAAUGUAUAUUUACAUUCCUUUAUAGCUAAUGUUCCUAUAGGCCUGACAAGCUGUAUAUAUACUCUACAUUUCAAAAGUUUGGGGUCACUUAGAAAUGUCCUUUUUUUUUAAAUAAC